UCUUUAUAUAAUAGUAAUCGUUGUAAAUAAUAUAUGUGUGUCUCCCAUCAAUCCGCAUCACAUUCGUAGAAUCAUACACGUAUGUAAACGCAUUUUUGACAUACGGAAACCAUACAAGUAGGAUCUGUUAGGUGGUUAUUAAUUCAAAAUAAAAUCUCUUUUCAUUAGAAAAUAUAAAGAGACUACUUUUAUAAAAAGAUUGGGAUUGUAGUUCCUUGCCAACCACCCAUAUAAUAAUACUCCCCAACACCAAAAACACAACACAAACUUAGAAAAAUGGAAGAAGAAAAGAGAUUGGAGCUAAGGCUAGCUCCUCCUUGUCACCAAUUCACUUCCAACAACAACAUCAAUGGAUCUAAACAAAAAAGCUCGACCAAAGAAACAUCAUUCCUUUCCAAUAACAGGGUUGAGGUAGCUCCAGUGGUGGGAUGGCCGCCGGUGAGAUCAUCCCGGAGAAACCUAACGGCACAACUAAAGGAGGAGAUGAAGAAGAAGGAGAGUGAUGAAGAGAAGGAAUUGUACGUUAAGAUCAACAUGGAAGGAGUUCCAAUAGGAAGAAAAGUCAACCUUUCAGCUUAUAACAACUACCAACAGCUUUCACAUGCCGUUGACCAACUCUUCUCUAAGAAAGAUUCGUGGGAUCUAAACAGACAAUACACUUUGGUCUACGAAGACACUGAAGGAGAUAAAGUUCUGGUCGGGGAUGUUCCUUGGGAGAUGUUUGUAUCUACUGUAAAGAGGUUGCAUGUUUUAAAGACCUCCCACGCCUUCUCACUCUCACCUAGAAAACAUGGCAAGGAAUAGAGAGAGGUUGGCCAAAAUCAUCAGUUCGAUGGUUUGUUUUUAAUGUAAUUUUUGUGGAAACUAAUGGGGUUUGGCUUUGAUUUACUGGUUUUCUUUUUCACUUAUGUACUAGGUUUUUGCUUGCUAUGUUAUUUCUUGUUUUGGUUGUAAAUAUGCUGUUCGUUUAAGAAAUCGGGGGUUAGUAUGUUAUCGUGUGUAUAAAAAUAGUGUAAGCACGUAAGUUGAUUACAAUGCCUGAUAUGAUUCAUGCCUUCGUUUCGUUUUUUAGUAGGGAAAAUGGUAUUUAAUUAGCGAAAUCAAACCGACUCAUUUUAUGUUUUUUUCAGAGAGGUAAAAAUCCAGAGAGCCUGUUUACUAUGUAUGAGUAAAGAUUACCCGAAAUAAUAGAGAAAUAGAUACAAGAGGCUAUCCAAGUUUGGUGGGUUCGAGUUUUAUAACACCAUCCAAAAAAAAUUGUUGUUUUGUAACACACAUGAGUACCAAUUGUUUAUUUCACAAAAGACAAACCAUUUAUUUCAUGAACUGUAAUCUUGUUAUGUUCAUGAAUUAUUUCGGUAUAACAUGUAAUUAACUCGAGUAAUAUCUU